UAUGGGGCACAUGCGCAAAACCGAAAAUGCUGGUGGAGACAGUUUGGGCUGUGAAGCUGAUGAGUUUUCAGAUGAAGUCAAUGCAGAAACCUUCUAUGGCACCUCUCCUCCCAGCACUCCCCGACAGAUGAAACGCAUGUCUAGCAAACAUCAACGGAACAGCUCUGGGAGGUCGGUUAGCCGUUCCUUAUGCAAAGAAAAGAUGAGCACGCCAAAUCAGACACCACAGAAGGAAGCCGGUAAAAACCUUGAAAACGUGGAGGAUCACAGCUACCGGCAGGAGAAGAAGAAUCGGGCAACACUCAGGACAACCGAGAGGGAUCAGAAGAAUAAUGUGCAAUGCUCAUUUAUGCUGGAUCCUACCUGUAGCGCCUUGCCAAAAAAGUCUAUACCAGAUGUUGAUCUUAAUAAGCCUUACCUCAGCCUUGGUUGCAGCAGCACCAGUAAGCUACCAGUGUCUGUUCCUGUUCCAAUUGCUAGGACUGCGAGACAGACCUCUAGAACAGACUGUCCAGCUGACCGCUUGAAGUUUUUUGAGACGCUUCGUCUUUUACUUAAGCUUACUUCAGUCUCGAAGAAAAAAGAAAGGGAACAGCGAGGUCAGGAAAAUAACUCUUCUAUGUGGUUUAAUCAGUCUAAUGAACUCUUUUGGCUAGAGCUUCAAGCUUGGCAUGCUGGCCGCAGUAUUAAUGAUCAAGACUUGUACUUGUAUACAGCUCGCCAGACAAUACCGGAUAUAAUUAAUGAAAUUCUAACGUUUAAGGUAAACUAUGGAAGGUUGUCUUCGGUCAGCAAUGGUGGCAAUCUCAAUGGACCCGUUGCAGGGGGGCAGUAUCCAUGCCCUCAUGAAGCGAAUUCUUUUGGUUAUUCAAGCUAUCAUGACCACAUCCAGAAACAGAGGAUUUCUUUUGAGCAAGUAAAACAGAUUAUGGAACUCUUGGAGUACAUUGAGGCACUUUACCCAUCUUUACAGGCUCUUCAGCGAGAUUAUGAAAAAUAUGCAGCAAAAGACUUUCAAGCACGAGUGCAGGCACUCUGCUUAUGGCUUAAUAUAACUAAGGACCUUAACCACAAGCUGAGGAUUAUGGGAACUGUUUUAGGUAUCAAAAACCUUUCUGACAUUGGCUGGCCAGUGUUUGAAAUUUCUUCACCACGUCCAUCAAAUGGUCCAGAGGAAGACAAUGACAUGGAACAAGAGGGGGAUAUGAGCACAGAGGGUUCCGGAACUUGUACAGAGGAAAGUGAUGAAGAAAAUGAUGACGAUAUGCUACAAGCUAGGCAUGAAACUGACCGUAACCAAAACAACAAGUUAAAGGUUCACUCUAUGAAAGGGGACCACUGCCUACAAAAACUUGACAGAUUUGCAUCCGAGGAUGACUCUUGCUGGGGAAAUCCAGAGUGCACUCAGGAGUCUGGCUGUAACAGGCACUGUUUGACCUCAAUAUACAGGCCCUUUGUGGACAAAGCAUUAAAGCAGAUGGGGCUUCGGAAGCUAAUUUUGAGGCUUCAUAAAUUAAUGCAUGGCUCACUUCAGAGGGCACGGACAGCCUUAAUAAAGACUGAUCAUAAAUUGGAGUCUUCAGAAUUCCCCGACCUCCUGUUAUGUUCAGAUUACUUGCCUGACCUGCUGAAGCAAUUAUCUACUUCGCUGCACAACUCAGAACCCGCAUGUGACCCCGUGUCACUAGAAGAGCUGAGGGCCAUGGACUUACCGUCAUUUGAACCGGCCUUCUUGGUCCUCUGUCGUGUCCUUUUAAAUGUAAUUCAUGAGUGUCUCAAAUUGAGACUGGAACAGAGGCCUGCAGGGGAACCGUCACUCUUGAGCAUUAAACAGUUAGUGAGAGAGUGCAAAGAAGUUCUGAAAGGUGGACUGUUGAUGAAGCAAUACUACCUGUUCAUGUUGAGAGAGGGGCUGGAUGACUUUCAAAAGCCUGAUUGUAACAUGGAUGCUUUUGAGGAAGAUCUGCAUAAAAUGUUAAUGGUGUACUUUGACUACAUGCGUAGUUGGAUCCAGAUGUUGCAGCAGUUACCUCAAGCUUCUCACAGCCUGAAAAACCUUCUAGAAGAAGAAUGGAAUUUCACCAAAGAAAUUACCCCUUACAUACGAGGAGGAGAAGCUCAGGCUGGGAAACUUUUCUGUGAUAUUGCAGGAAUGCUGCUGAAAUCUACUGGGAAGUUUCUGGACUCUGGCCUACAGGACAGCUGUGAUGAAUUCUGGGCCAGCACCGAUGAUAGCAUUGUCUCUGAUGAAAUAAGGAGAUCAGUUAUUGAAACCAGCAGAGCCUUGAAGGAACUUUUUCAUGAAGCUAGAGAAAGAGCAUCCAAAGCACUUGGAUUUGCUAAAAUGUUAAGAAAGGACUUGGAAAUUUCUGCCGAAUUCACUUUUUCUGCACCUGUACGAGACCUAGUAACGUACUUAAGCACAAAGAAUUAUGCAAAGGUCAUUAUUCCUACUCUUGAGAAUCUGCAUGUGUUUGUGCGAAGUAGCCUUUCUAGAGCAAAAUCGGUUAUUUUACAAUUGCUGAAUGCUGCAGCUGGUAUAGACUGCUCUAAAGACUGCGAAGAUGUGGCAUAUGAAGCCUACCUUCUGAUGACCAAGCACUCUGAGAAGGACCAAGAUGUGGAAGAUGUUUGGAGUUCUUGGGAAGGACAGACAGUAAAAAUAGUGCCGCCAGUAGAAACUGCAGAUACUUUGAGGAGUAUGCAGGUUGACAAUCUGUUGCUUGUGGUGAUGCAGUCUUCCAUCUUAACGAGCCAUAGAAAGGCUUUCCAGCAAUCUGUUGAGGAUAUCUUAUCUCUAAGGCUUGAACAGACAUCCAGUCACCCUGUGAUUGCAAAAGCUUUGCAUCAACUCAAGAGUGAUGCAUUGCAGCUUUGCAACAAGAUAAGCAGUGCCAUAGAUCGAGUGGAUCAGAUGUACAGCUCAGAGUUCGAAGCUGAGGUGGAUGAAUCAGAAUCCUCCACAUUACAGCAGUACUACAGAGAAGCAAUGAUUCAAGGCUACAACUUUGGUUUUGAGUAUCAUAAAGAAGUAGUCCGUCUGAUGUCUGGGGAAUUCAGGCAGAAAAUUGGUGACAAAUACAUAAGCUUUGCCAGAAAAUGGAUGAACUAUGUUUUGACGAAAUGCGAAAGUGGUCGUGGUACCAGACCAAGGUGGGCAACUCAAGGAUUUGACUAUCUUCAAGCAAUCGAGCCAGCAUUCAUUUCAGCCCUUCCAGAGGAUGAUUUUCUGAGCUUGCAAGCUCUCAUGAAUGAAUGUAUCGGCCAUGUUAUUGGGAAACCCCAUAGUCCUGUUACAGGUUUGUACCUGGCUACACAUCGCAAUAGUCCCAGACCUGUGAAGGUUCCUCGAUGUCACAGUGACCCACCAAACCCUCACCUCAACACUCCUACACCAGAAGGUUUCAGCAAUCGAAUUGUCACUUGUGAUGUGAAGAACCAACCCAGCACAGCUGCCGGUCGCCCAACUCCAUUUAGUAGCGACUCGGUUCAACAAAAAUCCUUCAGCAGUGUAAAUGAUAACAGGGGCUCGAGUGUUCCAGAAAAUGACCGACUGGCCUCUAUAGCAUCAGAGCUUCAGUUUAGAUCGCUUAGUCGUCACUCAAGCCCUACAGAAGAGAGAGAAGAACCAACUUAUCCUAAGGGAGAUCAAGGAGGAUCUACACGACGAAGUUGGGAACUUCAGACUUUGAUUAGUCAGACUAGAGACACAGCAACCCGACAACGUCCAAUUGAGGCCGUUCAGAAAUCUGUGAAGAUAUUUGAAGAAGAACGAUACAGAGAAAUGCGAAGGAAAAACAUAAUUGGCCAAGUCUGCGACACACCUAAGUCCUAUGACAAUGUUAUGCAUGUUGGGCUUAGGAAGGUGACAUUCAAAUGGCAGAGAGGCAAUAAAAUCGGUGAAGGUCAAUACGGGAAAGUCUACACCUGCAUUAGUGUUGACACUGGAGAGUUGAUGGCUAUGAAAGAAAUACGUUUUCAGCCAAAUGACCAUAAGACAAUCAAAGAAACAGCAGAUGAAUUGAAAAUCUUUGAAGGUAUCAAACACCCAAAUCUUGUCCGAUAUUUUGGUGUAGAACUUCACAGAGAAGAAAUGUACAUUUUCAUGGAAUACUGUGAUGAGGGUACUUUGGAGGAAGUUUCUAGGCUUGGCCUUCAGGAGCACGUCAUACGACUUUACACUAAGCAAAUCACCAUUGCAAUAAAUGUGCUUCAUGAACAUGGUAUUGUUCACCGGGAUAUAAAAGGUGCAAACAUAUUUCUUACAUCUUCUGGGCUAAUCAAACUGGGAGACUUUGGAUGCUCUGUGAAACUGAAAAACAAUGCACAGACCAUGCCUGGAGAAGUCAACAGUACAAUGGGAACAGCAGCAUACAUGGCCCCAGAGGUUAUCACCAGAGCAAAAGGAGAAGGACAUGGACGAGCAGCAGAUAUCUGGAGUUUGGGCUGUGUACUGAUUGAAAUGGUCACAGGCAAGCGACCAUGGCAUGAAUAUGAACACAACUUUCAGAUAAUGUACAAAGUAGGGAUGGGAAACAAGCCUCCUAUUCCAGAUAGGAUAAGCCCAGAAGGAAAAGAUUUUCUUUCUCACUGCAUGGAAAGCGAUCCAAAGAAACGAUGGACGGCUAGUCAGCUCUUGGACCAUCCAUUUGUUAAGGUUUGCACAGAUGAAGAAUGAAGCGGUCGUGGAGAUAUGGCCUAAAUGUAUUUCAGCAAGUCAUCUCUUAAUCACUACUGUAUGUAAUAUUUACAUAAAGACUAAGCUGGGGCACGCAGUGCAACAUUGUGUAUUACCGUGACUUAAGACUUCUCAGAUGAUGGGCGUCACUUGUCCUCCUCCUGCUGCUGUUCUUGUAUGUGUUAUAUGGCACAUGUUCUCCAUGUGACAGCAUCCCUGCACAUGUUCUCCAUGUGACAGCAUCCCUGCACAUGUGUUUUUGUUUUUAUAAAAGCUGCAUGUGAAGUGCCAUUACUACUGUACAUGGACCAUUGUGUUUUAAUUUGUUCUUCAGCUUUUUAUUUCUCGUAUGAAUGAGAACUGUAAUAAAAUGUACUGUUUUUGACAUUUUCAGACUCUGAUGCAAGUUAGUAUUACCGCUGAGCAUUCUAGACCUUGUAAAUGUUUUCCUGUUUGUUGUGUACACUGUGAAUGUGUCAUUUUAUGGCCAGCUUCAGAUUUGUUAUCCAAGAAAAGUUAACUAUUGAAAUUGGAAGAACAUUUUCUUAAUAAAUGGUUUAUUUUAAGACGUU